CUUGGCCGGCAGCACCAUGGCAGGAGCCUCAGUGAAGGUGGCGGUGCGAGUCCGCCCCUUCAACUCGCGGGAGACAAGCAAGGACAGCAAAUGCAUCAUCCAGAUGUCAGGGAACACCACCACCAUCAUCAACCCCAAGCAGCCCAAAGAAAACAAAAGCUUCAACUUUGAUUACUCUUACUGGUCACACACCUCGCCCGAGGACAUAAACUAUGCAUCCCAGCAGCAAGUGUACAGAGACAUCGGGGUGGAGAUGCUGCAGCAUGCCUUCGAGGGCUACAAUGUCUGCAUCUUUGCCUAUGGACAGACUGGCGCUGGCAAGUCCUAUACCAUGAUGGGCAGACAGGAGAAGGACCAACAGGGCAUCAUCCCUCUGCUGUGUGAAGACCUCUUCACCAAAUUCAAUGACAGCAAUAACGACAACAACAUGUCUUAUUCGGUGGAGGUGAGCUACAUGGAGAUCUACUGUGAGCGUGUGCGGGAUCUGCUGAACCCGAAAAACAAGGGGAACCUACGUGUGAGGGAGCACCCCCUCAUGGGGCCCUAUGUGGAGGACCUUUCCAAACUGGCUGUCACCUCUUACAAUGAUAUCCAGGACCUGAUGGACUCCGGAAACAAAGCCAGGACGGUGGCAGCCACCAACAUGAACGAGACCAGCAGCCGAUCCCAUGCUGUCUUCAACAUUAUCUUCACACAGAAACGGCACGAUGCUGAAACUGAUAAUACCUCUGAGAAGGUUAGCAAAAUCAGCUUAGUGGAUCUGGCUGGGAGUGAAAGGGCAGAUUCCACAGGAGCCAAAGGCACAAGGCUGAAGGAAGGGGCGAACAUCAACAAAUCCCUGACUACACUAGGAAAAGUAAUCUCUGCAUUGGCUGAGGUGGAUUCUGGACCGAAUAAGAACAAGAAGAAGAAAAAGGUGGAGAGCUUUAUUCCAUACAGAGACUCUGUCUUGACAUGGCUGCUAAGGGAAAAUCUGGGGGGAAACUCCCGUACUGCUAUGGUAGCGGCUCUCAGCCCAGCUGACAUAAACUACGACGAGACCCUCAGCACCCUCAGGUACGCCGAUCGGGCCAAGCAGAUCCGCUGCAACGCCGUCAUCAACGAGGACCCCAACAACCGGCUGGUGCGCGAACUCAAAGAGGAGGUAUCGCGGCUGAAGGACCUCCUCUUCGCCCAAGGCCUCGGGGACAUCAUUGAGACGUGUCGGGGUCCUGCCACCCAGAUUGCUGGUUUGAAAUACUUAUCCGAUUACAAGAACAAUAACAAUAAUCUGCAAGCUGUCAGUCAAAGGGGUGAUCUCUCCACAGUGACCAAUGCCAUGACGGGUAUGAGUCCCUCCCCCUCUCUCUCCGCCCUGUCCAGCCGGGCUGGAUCCAUUACAAAUCUUCACGACCGCAUCAUGUUUAGUCCGGGCAGCGAGGAGGCCAUCGAGAGACUUAAGGAAACAGAGAAAAUCAUUGCUGAGCUCAACGAAACCUGGGAGGAGAAACUCCGGCGUACUGAAGCCAUCAGGAUGGAGAGAGAAGCCCUGCUGGCUGAGAUGGGUGUCGCCAUGAGGGAAGAUGGCGGCACAGUGGGAGUUUUCUCACCUAAGAAGACCCCACAUUUGGUGAACCUCAAUGAAGACCCUCUUAUGUCAGAGUGUCUGCUUUACUACAUUAAAGAUGGAAUGACCAGAGUGGGGCGCGAGGAUGCCGGCAGCCGCCAGGACAUCGUUCUGAGUGGCCAUUUCAUCAAAGACGAACACUGCACGUUCACCAGCACCACUGGCCCACAAGGAGAAGCAGUCAUCCUGGACCCCUGUGAGGGAGCGGAGACCUACGUCAAUGGGAAGAGAGUGACGGAGCCCACAGUCCUCCGAUCAGGGAACCGCAUCAUCAUGGGGAAGAGCCACGUGUUCCGCUUCAACCACCCGGAGCAGGCCCGGCAAGAGAGGGAGCGAACGCCCUGCGCUGAGACCCCAGUGGAGCCAGUGGACUGGGCCUUCGCCCAGAGGGAGCUGCUGGAGAAACAGGGCAUCGACAUGAAGCAGGAGAUGGACCAGAGGCUUCAGGAACUGGAGGACCAGUACCGCAGAGAGAGAGAAGAGGCCAACAAUCUUUUAGAGCAACAGAGACUGGACUAUGAGAGCAAGUUGGAGGCCCUUCAGAAGCAGGUAGACCGUUGUUACCCAGAAAUUGCUGAGGAAGAAGAGGAACCUGAAGAGGAAGUGCAAUGGACUGACCGGGAGAUGGACCUGGCACUGUGGGCUUUCCGCAAGUGGAAGUGCUACCAGUUCACCUCCUUGAGGGACCUGCUGUGGGGGAACGCCAUCUUCCUGAAGGAGGCCAAUGCCAUCAGCGUGGAGCUGAAGAAGAAGGUUCAGUUCCAGUUUGUGUUGCUGACGGACACGCUGUACUCUCCGCUCCCUCCUGACCUGCUGCCUCCUGAUGCAGCCAAAGACCGAGAGAAACGGCCCUUCCCCCGCACUAUUGUGGCUGUGGAGGUCCAGGACCAGAAGAACGGGGCCACUCACUACUGGACCCUGGAGAAACUCAGGCAGAGGCUAGAUCUCAUGAGGGAGAUGUACGACCGGGCAGCGGAGGUGCCCAAUAGCGCCAUUGAAGAUUGCGACAACGUGCUGACAGGGGGGGACCCGUUCUACGACCGAUUCCCCUGGUUCCGCCUGGUGGGCCGGGCCUUCGUCUAUCUGAGUAACCUGCUCUACCCUGUGCCCUUGGUACACCGGGUGGCCAUCGUCAGCGAAAAGGGAGAGGUGAAAGGCUUCCUGAGGGUAGCUGUGCAGGCCAUUUCAGCUGAUGAGGAGGCCCCAGACUAUGGCUCUGGUGUACGGCAGUCAGGGACAGCCAAAAUUUCUUUCGAAGACCAACAGUUUGAGAAGUUCCAGAACGAAUCCCAGUCAGGUGGCAUGUCACGUUCUGGGACAUCCCAGGAGGAGCUGCGCAUCGUGGAAGGAGAGGGGCAAAAUUCGGACAUGAGUCUCUCUGCAGAUGAGGUCAACAACAACACCUGUGCCGCCAGCCCAGACGAACUGGACAGCCCCCUGAAGGCCAACCAGGAGGGAUCUUUGGAUGGACCUCUGGAGCACCUGAGGAUUGGCAGCAACUUCACCUUCAGGGUGACAGUUUUACAGGCCUCCAGCAUCUCUGCAGAGUAUGCAGACAUCUUCUGCCAGUUCAACUUCAUCCACCGGCAUGAUGAGGCCUUCUCCACGGAGCCUCUGAAGAACACGGGCCGCGGGCCUCCGCUGGGCUUCUACCAUGUGCAGAAUAUUGCAGUGGAUGUGACCAAAUCCUUUGUGGAGUACAUUAAAACCCAGCCCAUUGUUUUUGAGGUGUUCGGGCACUACCAAAAACAACCCUUCCCGCCUCUCUGCAAAGAUCUUAUCAGCCCACUGCGUCCCUGCAGAAGACAGUUCCCUCGUGUCAUGCCUCUUUCAAAGCCAGUACCCGCCACCAAGCUGACUACGCUAACCCGCCCCACUGCCGGGCCUUGCCACUGCAAGUACGACCUCAUGGUCUUCUUCGAAAUCUGUGAGCUGGAGGCCAAUGGAGACUACAUUCCUGCUGUGGUGGAUCACAGAGGGGGGAUGCCCUGCCACGGGAGCUUCAUGCUGCACCAGGGCAUCCAGAGGAGGAUAACAGUGACCAUAGUCCACGAGACCGGCAGCGACAUCGAAUGGAAGGAGGUCAGGGAGCUGGUUGUGGGGCGCAUCCGCAAUACUCCAGAGGCCGACGAGACCAUCAUCGACCCCAACAUCCUGUCUCUCAACCUGCUGUCUUCUGGGUACAUUCGCCCCAUGCAUGAUGACAGACAGUUUCUUGAUUCGGAUAUGCCUAGAACCUUCUACCGCUUUGAGGCAGCCUGGGAUAGCUCCAUGCACAACUCCCUGCUGCUCAACCGCGUGACUCCGUAUGGGGAGAAAAUCUACAUGACCCUGUCUGCUUACCUGGAGAUGGAGAGCUGUACUCAGCCCGCAGUGAUUACCAAAGACUUCUGCAUGGUGUUUUACUCACGGGACGCCAAGCUUCCCGCUUCCCGUUCCAUCCGCAAUCUUUUCGGCAGCGGCAGCCUGAGGGCAUCAGAGAGCAACCGGGUCACUGGUGUGUAUGAAGUGAGUCUGUGCCACCUGGCAGAUGCAGGAAGCCCAGGCAUGCAAAGGAGACGCAGGAGGGUCCUGGAUACAUCGGUGGCAUAUGUCCGUGGGGAGGAGAAUCUGGCUGGUUGGAGGCCCCGUAGCGACAGCCUCAUCCUGGACCACCAAUGGGAGCUGGAUAAACUCAGCUUACUGCAGGAGGUGGAAAAGACGAGGCACUAUCUGCUCCUGAGGGAGAAACUGGAGACUACACUGAUGCUGGGCCAGGAGUCGCAGGCCUCCUGCGCGAGCGAGGAGCAGAGUGACUCCUUGCAGUCCCCUCCAGAUCACAGUGCUCUGAGUUCCAGCCCGACCCCUGAGAGCCCUAACGAGCGACAGAGGGAGCUGGCUGCUAAGUGUCUGCGACUCCUCACCCACACCUUUAACAGGGAGUACAGCCACGUCUGCGUCAGUGCCAGCGAGAGCAAGCUGUCUGAGAUGUCUGUGACGAUGCUGAGGGACUCCACCUCAGCGUCAGCCCUGAGCACCCUGACGCCGUCCUCCACGUGCCCCUCGCUGGUGGAGGGACGCUACAACAACACGGAGCUCAGAACCCCGACGCCUCGCUCCCGCUCCAUCAGCCCAGAUCCCGACUCCUUGCAGGAUGGAGACCUGAAGGACUCUCCCAGUGGAAACCUGUUGAGGCCCAACAUGAGAGUCCGUGUUUUUGUGCCUGACAUCCAGGAGAUCCGUGUCAGCCCCAUUGUGUCGAAGAAGGGGUACAUUCACUUCCUUGAACCGCAUACCAACGGAUGGGUAAAGCGCUAUGUGGUGGUGCGUCGGCCGUACGUGUACAUCUACAACGCAGAGAAGGACAACGUGGAGAGAGCCAUCCUGAACCUGUCCUCUGCUCAGGUGGAGUACAGCGAGGACCAGCAGGCUAUGCUCAAGACCCCGAACACAUUUGCAGUGUGCACCGAGCAUCGUGGGAUACUGCUUCAAGCCAGCAAUGACAAAGAAAUGCAUGAUUGGCUGUACGCUUUUAACCCUCUCCUGGCUGGGUCCAUCAGAUCAAAGCUUUCCAGGAGAAGGGCUGCACAGAUGAGGAUCUGAAACAACUGAUGAAACCCAUCCCCAAGCAAGUCUUGUGAAAAAAAAGUAUGAGAUAGAAGACAAAGACUAAUUCCUGUAUAUAGAUUACAAGACAUAUGGCCAUAUGGCCCCUAUCCUCCCCCAUAACCUGCCUGGUUUUGCACAUGCUCAGUUUAUCACAACCA